AUGGCUGACUACGCUAUCACCGAGAAGGAAAUGAAAAUGAAGGCAGCUCCGCUAUUACUAGGAUGCAUGCCAAUAUCCUUUAUAGCUGGUAUUGUGUCUGGCGUAUCAAAAGAUGAAAUUAUUAUGAUUCUGCAAUCCUGUGAUUACGUUGUUGAAAAGGCUGUGGCUAGGAUCGAAGAAGAGGGUGUUGAAAACAUUCUCCAAGAGUGGCGUACACAAAAAGGGGGUUUUUCUACUGCCACAUCUAUAUCGGACCGAAAAUCUAAAAAGGCGAAAAGUAAGCCAGGAAAUUCACAGGUUUCGGUGAAUCCUUCCAACACUUCUCAUCUUAGCCCUAAAAGGACAGGCAAUAAACCAACUGAACGAGAAUCUACGACUGCAAACAAUAGUAAACGACGAAAUAACGGUACAGAAAGUUUAAAAAACAAAAGCAGAGAAUUACCUAGCAAAAAUCUGGCUGCAUCUAGCCAUUUUAUUGAUGUGAAUGAUAUCAGUCUGGAUGAUUUGAAAAGCAAACUUGUCACUAGCAGUCAAUCAAUCGACAUCAAACAUUGUCAAUUAAAGCUGAAUAUUGAUGGGAUCAACUUAAAGUUUGCCGAUACAUUUAAUGAGAUAAAGCAAAGUAUUCACGACCGUGAACAAUAUUUCGAGAGUUUAGUAAAUAAACGCGGCCAUUUAAUUGAAACUAAGCUGAUAGAAAUACAAAAGCGAGCAAGUGAUUUACGAAUAAAAUGUGAAUCCGCUGAAGCAAUGAAUGAACAGCAGAUAGAGGAAUUAAAAGCUGAUAUUCUUAACUAUUUGGCUGAUAGUCAAAUUAAUACUGAUGCAAUGGAGUUCAAUUUUUCGGCGUCUGGAACUGAAGAGAUAACUAAGUUGAUUGGAUGUUUAGGAGCAGUACAUUUUAAGGCACCAAUAGAACAUUUAUGUAAAGAGAAUAGUGGAGUAAAAAUUGUAGGAACAUCAUCGAAGGCAAAGAAGGGUGAAAAGUUUAUAGGCUCAGCAAAUGACUCACGAAAUAAUUCAAAAACGAUAAAAGGCGCUGAGGGUGGAAAGUCUACUACUAGUUUAGUUCAGAAAACAGAUAAAUCGAAAAAGCACAAGACAAUCAGAGAUACAGUAAGUGAAGCCUUAAAGGAGGCUUUAGGAAUCGAAUCGAAUGAUGACAAUCUUGUAAAGGAAGUGAACACAGAGAAAAUUCAUCAACAAAGCCUUAAGAAAGCUAAGGGCAAACAAAAUGCUGACAUGGAUAAUGCAAUUAACGGUAAUAAUUUUGGUAAUCGAUCAAAUCGACAAGUCAUGGGUCAGUCUAGACGAGGAAGAAAUGCCAGAAGAGGAAAUAAAGCCAAACAGAGACAGGAAGAGGCGUCAAAAGCGGUCGGUCAGUCCGCGAUGCCUAGAAAUUAUACGAAAGUUCGCGAUAACUCACGACCAGUAGAAGAUCAUAAGGAACGAAUAGAAAGUAACAGUCAAGAAUAUGAACAUUCUCAAGAUACUGAAAAAAUGGAUUUGAAAUCAAAUGAUAGCACAAUGAAAGCAGAAAUGGAUACAGCUAAUGGUCAGACUACUACUGGGACAUCAGAACGCCGUGGUAGUAGUAAGGAGUCUUCACAGCUAGAGUCUUGUAGAAAUGAGAACUUAGGGAAUAAUAAGCACAAUGGAAAUCACCACAUUGACGGUGAAGACUGGCGUGAAGAUAUAAAUCCUGCCAACGGCUCUAAAGAAAACUUGAGGCAUGAUACUUGCAAAGAUUUUCUACAACAUUCAACUGAUGUCAAUCAAAUUUCCGAAAAGUCAGAAAAUCAUGCCAGUGUGUCUUUACCACAAAGGUCGCAAAAAUCUGCAGCGUAUACGAAUGGUAAUGGUAGUCUAGAUGAUGAACUUGAUUUGGAUGAGUGA